UGAGCGCGUGCAGAGGUCUUGCCGGGUGGCCGCGCCCGCAGUGGGGCGGCGGCGAGCAUGGCUACGGCGGCGGUGGCGGUGGCCCGUGGGGCCGGGGCGAGGGGGGCGGCGGCAACCCUGCGGGGCGGCUGCGGGACUGCGGCUCGGGGUCGGCCGCGCGCGGGCCCCUCCCGGCCCCUCUGCACUGCACCUGGGACCGUCCCGGACAGGAAGCGCUACCUGUGGGAGCGCUACCAGGAGGCGAAGAGGAGCACGGACGAGUUGGUUCCUUCAAUUAUGAACAACUUGUUGAAUCCAGAUGCCAUUUUCGCCAACAACGAGAUGAGCCUGUCGGACAUUGAAAUCUACGGCUUUGAUUAUGACUAUACCUUGGUGUUUUAUUCGAAGCACCUGCACACACUGAUAUUUAAUGCUGCUCGGGACCUUCUCAUCAAUGAACACCGGUAUCCCGUGGAAAUCAGGAAGUAUGAGUAUGACCCAAGUUUUGCAAUUCGUGGACUUCAUUAUGACGUGCAGCGGGCAGUAUUGAUGAAGAUCGACGCUUUUCAUUACAUCCAGCUGGGAACUGUCUACAGAGGCCUCAGCGUUGUCCCCGAUGAAGAAGUCAUUGAAAUGUACGAGGGGUCCCACGUGCCUUUGGAGCAGAUGAGUGACUUUUAUGGAAAGAGUUCUCACGGAAACACCAUGAAGCAGUUUAUGGACAUCUUCUCCCUGCCGGAGAUGACCCUCCUGUCCUGUGUGAAUGAGUACUUCCUGAAGAACAACAUUGACUACGAGCCUGUCCACCUCUACAAAGACGUCAAGGACUCAAUUCGAGACGUGCACAUCAAAGGAAUCAUGUACAGAGCGAUCGAAGCAGAUAUCGAAAAAUACAUCUGCUACGCUGAGCAGACCCGCGCGGUGUUGGCCAAACUGGCGGAUCACGGCAAGAAAAUGUUCCUCAUCACCAACAGCCCCAGCAGCUUUGUGGACAAAGGGAUGAGGUACAUCGUCGGGAAAGACUGGAGGGACCUGUUCGAUGUGGUCAUCGUUCAGGCCGAGAAGCCAAACUUCUUUAACGAUAAGCGGAGACCUUUCCGGAAGGUGAAUGAGAAAGGUGUCUUGCUCUGGGAUAAAAUCCACAAGUUGCAGAAAGGCCAGAUUUACAAGCAGGGCAAUUUGUAUGAGUUUUUGAAGCUUACUGGAUGGAGGGGAUCCAAAGUGUUGUAUUUUGGUGACCACAUCUACAGUGACCUGGCGGAUUUGACCCUGAAGCAUGGCUGGCGAACUGGGGCAAUUAUCCCAGAAUUAAGAUCUGAGCUCAGAAUCAUGAACACGGAGCAGUACGUCCAGACCAUGACCUGGCUGCAGACCCUGACCGGCUUAACAGUCUCCAUGAUAGCUUCUGUCCUGCAGGUUCACAGAGAUGCCGAGUCACAGCUGGUUUUGCAGGAGUGGAAAAAGGAAAGAAAGGAGAUGAGAGAAAUGACCAAAAGUUUCUUCAAUGCCCAGUUUGGAAGCUUGUUCCGCACAGACCAGAACCCGACCUACUUCCUGAGGCGCCUGUCGCGAUUUGCCGACAUCUACAUGGCGUCUCUGAGCUGCCUCUUGAACUACGAUGUCAACCACACAUUCUACCCCAGGAGGACUCCCCUGCAGCACGAACUUCCCGCGUGGUCUGAGAGGCCCCCCACCUUCAGACUCCCCCUCCUGCAGGAGGCCCAGGCCAAGUAACCAGGUGCCCACCUGUGGAAAAAGCCAGAAACAGCGACGGCUCCAGACUGGGCGGACGUGACAGGGUUGACUUUGUGUGGCUAUGGGUGUUGCUUCGGAAAAGACACAGAUAUGCCUUUUGAUAUUUAUUUUGUAUGUAUGGAGACUACUCCCCAGGCGGUUAAGACAGAAGCCAGCAGCCCAGGUCCCGCCUUCCUGUACCUGUGGGGCUGAAGGGCAAGCUUCACCUUGAAACUCUGUGACCGGCCUUCUUGUUUACUACGGUACUGUGACUGGCGUCAGUUUUUCUGGAAUGGGUGAGACUUCUCGAUGCCGUGUCUGUAUUCCAGCAGGUGACGUUUUGCUUGACUCUUCAGUGGAAAAUGUACUGAACGUUCACAGGCCGUGCACUGGCAACUGCAGGGCCACAAGGACGUGCAGUGAUAAACUGUGUGCAGAAAGCUUAUGAUUUAGUGAGCUCCACAAUAGCAGAACGCGACAUUCGGUAGCAGAGAUGAUCCCCAAACAGCAGCGUCCCCCAGAUCGCUCUGCCCCAGGGCUUUGGCAUCAUUCUGGUGCCUCCCUUGAGAGGAGACAGCCUCCCUGGAAAGUCUCACGUGAGAAAGAACGGGAGAUGCUGCAGGUCCUUGUCCCUGGAUCGUCCUCAGUAUCCACUUCCUGUGUCCUACCCCACCCCGGGGAAGGACAAAUGGUGCCCAUAGUGAUGGGCGGGUUCGCUCUCUUCCCCAGAGAAGGAGGGUGAGGAGAGAUGAGUUCUGGUUAAAUUUCCAGCUAGCAGAACAGACACUGUAGAACAGGGCUGCGAGAAACGAGUGGAUCAGAAGAGCAACGCGUUUGUGGUGGGUCUCCCAGGAGCUUCUUACAGCUGAAAAGGCCACCCGUGUUGGUUUAAUGUGCUCAUUAGAGGAGAGAAAAUGAAACAGAAAAAAAUUGUCCUUGUAAUGAAAUGCCUCAGCCAUGACCCCCACUGGGUUCUGCUGGAAUCUUGUUAGAACACAUGCAUGGCACACCAGAAAUCCUCCUGGUCUGGAGGGCAGCCACAGCUGCCUGCCUCUCUCGUGGAUAUCAGCCGAGGAGAGGGGCUUGAAUUCAGCGGGGGGCGGGGCCCCACUGCUUAGCCAUCUCCCUCCCUCUCCUCCCCUUCAAUUUCUUCAAUUUCUUCGCUGUCAUGUUUGUGCUAUUUCGGGAGUUUGGAUGCUUUUCUUCAGGUGUCUGUGUUUAAGGUGGGAGAGGAUAAAGGGCCUUGAAAAUAAGAGAAAAAGAGUUGGAAAUGACCCAGCUGUUUCUCAUUUCUUUCUAAGGACAAUGCAAGUGACACAUAUCCUCAAACCUAAAAGAUGGCAGAUACAGGAAGGGGCUGUGCGGAGUGCCUGCUUAUUCAGCAUUGUUAAUGUAUAGAUGUAUCAGAGGCAGCUGUUGAUGAAACGCUAGCCCGGCAUUCCAUAGGCCUCCUUCCAGAAUGUACCAAUUCAGCGAGUAAGUUAAAUAGCAUGCUCUGUGAUGCCGCUUGUUAUAAUGGCAUUUUACUUGUGAUGUUUUCUUGUAUUUAACUCUUAAUAGUGAAGGUGACCUUUUAGACCCCAUAGACCCAACCCCCAACCAGGCCCCCUUUUGUUUUUCUCAAUUUUAUUAUGAACACAGUGGUUCGUUCCUUAUUCGGAAUGGGGUGAGCAUUUUGUUGGCUGUGUUAGCUCCUAGGUGUUUGAAGCAUCAAAGAGUAUUGGAGACUGGCAUUUACGGGGUGCAGGUGGAUGCCCAGCACUGCUCUGUGCUGGGGUCUUCCAAGGACACGCCACUGCUUUUGUCCUAUAGUUUCUGCUUUGGAGAAGCCGACUGAGGAAGUGGGUAUUUUAAAAAAAAUUUCUUAGUUUUUAUCCACUCAGAUAUUCAUUGGAUAUCUCCUAGGUGCCAGUUACAAAGUGUUUUGUUUACUCAAGAAUGAAGUGAACUCUUUUUAAAACCUGCUUUCUUUAUGGGUAGGUUAGGUGAUCUAAGCCUUUGGGGAGAAAUACAUUUUCUGGGUAUGAAUAAUGAAUUUUAUGAUUUAUUACCAAUUAAAGUUUCAGUCUCUGGGCCCCUGAACAUGGUGGUGGUAUUGAGAGCUGCCAUGGGGCAGAAGCCUGGCAUCGGUCUCAGCAGGGCCCACCGGGCGUGUGCCUGGCGGACUGCAACCCCAUGCCGGGGCCUGGAGUGCGGGGCCGGAUGGCCGUUUCCACCUGAAGGGCAGCGGCGUUCUCCUUGUCUGCACUUGAGAAGGACUUACUGUGUCGCUGUCACGGCUCUUCUGGGAUUGGCCCACUGCACUGGGCAUUUUGUUCUUUCCCGUUUGUUCUCUGGUGUGCACGUUGAUGAAAGCAUUUUGGUACAAGGGAAGUGAGUUGGUUUUCUACCAUUUAAACAAUCAAUUUGGAAAGUGCACAUUGAAGCAUUUUCUGUUUUUAGCUUUGGUUAGACUGAUUUUCUUUUUUUUUUUUUAAAGAUUGGCACCUGAGCUAAUAUCUGUUGCCAAUCUUCUUUUUUUCUUCUUUUUCUUCUCCCCCGCAAAGCCCCUGCAGUAUAUAGUUGGACAUCCUAGUUGUAGGUCCUCUGGUUGUGGCAUGUGGGAUGCCGCCUCAGUGUGGCCUGAUGAGCGGUGCCGCGUCCGCGCCCAGGAUCCAAAUCAGCAAAACCCCGGGCCGCCGAAGCGGAGCGCGCGAACUUAACCGCUUGGUCACGGGGCCAGCCCCUAGACCCAUUUUCUAAGAAUUAUGUGAACGAAAAUUCAUAGUCCAGGAGCAGUCCGUGCCAGCUGUGGCGGUUCAGCAAGGCUCAUGGUAGCCAGAGCAGGUUGCCUUGGAGGGGGCCUGCACAGCUGAUGUCCCAGAGUUUCUUUUACUGAUGAAACCUGGCUUUUCAGCUAUUUUAGGAGCUUGGCUUAGAGCUCCCACUUUCCUCCUAACAUAGCCUCUUUUUUUCCUUUUUUAAAUUCUCUUCAGCUCAUUUUCUGCUAUCACCAUGUGACAUAAACCAACUGUUACUGAUUCGGCAUGUCUCAGACUAAAUUACCAGUUGCUUUGAAUGCGUCGGCCCACUUAAUUAUUGCAAAGGAGAAAUGAGAAGUAAUCUUUCCUCCGAGCUAAUUUAGCUUUGAGUGAACUAAAUGGCAUUUCCUCGCUUCCUCCCCAAAGGCCUUUUACGCAGUAGAGAGUGUGCUAAAUAGGGGAAUUGAAUUCCUCUAUGCCGAAUGCUCGUUUGCUGCCAAAGAUCCACUCGGGGGCCCUUGUCUAGAAAGCUCUAAGACUAAAUUUGGCCAGAGCCAGGCUGCUGAUUGCUCUCUUCAGCUGCUAGGGAGCUUAUGUUUUGCCCUCUUAAUGUUCCUUUCCUUUGGUACGAAUUUCCUUUUUUUGUUUUCAUUAGUAUUUGGGAGUUUGGCUCCAAGUUCAGCUAACCUUUAACACCACUAGUGGGUUGAGGUGAGGAUAGGGGGUGAAGUUUCUCUAACGCAGUGUUCAGCAAACUUCCCCUGGAAAGGGCCAGAUCGUAAAUAUUUUUGGCUUUAUGGGCCACCUCUGUCGCUGCUACUCUAGGAAUGGGCACAGCUGUGUUCCAUUACACCUUGAGCGUCAGAAGCAGGCUGUAGGGUGGAUAUGGCCCUUGGGCCGUAGUUUGCCCACCCCUGCCCUAGUGGGUUGAGUUGGUGACAAUGACAGGAUCACCCUGCUGAAAGCUGGCAGAUGAAGGACCUCCCGGUUGGGUGUGGAUGGUAGAAAGGAGUUCUGUAGGUGAGUGCCCCACAUCCCCCAGGGCUGCUCUCUGCGCGUAUGUUCAUAUGUGGCCAGUGGUAAAGUACCGUGUUCCAGCACGUGGCAUAACUGUCGUCGUGUGUAAUUGAGCUCCCAGGCCCGGGCACGAGUUGAUAUACCUCUCAUUGCACUAGUUUGUGAUUGUGCUAGUCGUGGGCGAUGGGCUCGGCUGCCCAGAUAACCCUUCAGGACUGAAGAAGGACUGACUCCCCCAGCUCCCAGCGGUGCGCUAGCCGUCCCAGCUGCUGGCUCUCUUUGGGAGUUUCCCCUGCUGAGAAGCCCUGCCUCCGACAAGGUCAUGCCCCUUCCUGGAGCAGCCGGUAGCCUGUGACUGCCCAACUCUGAGGGCCCAUCCCAGCUCCAGAGUCCCCCUGGGGUCAGCCGAGGCCUCUCUGUGUCUGCGUGGCAGCCGAGCUCCUCCUCCUGCCAGCCCUGCUUCCCUCUCCCUCACCCCGUCCCUUCCCUUCUGUUGAUACCGAGAACACCGCCCUGUAGAUUUCCAGCGCGCGCAUCUCCAUCGGCAUCGUCCUGGGGAGCCCAGCCCACAGCAGUGCUUCUGUGCUCUUCUCGUUCUGCAGGCCUGAACUCUGACUUCGGAAACUGUUUUGUAAUCAUUUAGUAGAGUGACAAAUGGUGCCUGUAUGAUCACAUCAGGCACAAGAAAUGCAAACUAGGUAGACUUACUAUUUAUUCUGAAUGUGAAUUGGCUAUUUAUUCUACAUGUUGAUUUUAUGUUAUAUGAUACGGAACUUAUUGCCAAAUAAAAGUUUGAAUUGUAUCGUCCAGUUUAUUGUAAAGCAUGUGUUUUGUGUGCUUAAGUUAGGGGCAAGGCUAUACCAAAUUCUAAUAUACCCAAAAAAGAGUAUCCCCUGCAGAAGGGGUGAAAGAUUCGGGGUUCAUUUCUCAUGCCCCGGACCCACCACCCCCAGGAAAGCACACUGCUUGUUUGCAGAGCUUGAAGACUGUAGUUAAGCUACAGAUGGAAAAUUGGGUGAGCUUAGCCACUGGUGGGCAGCAGGUGACCCAUGUGGAAUUUCUCUUCUCCCAAACAGUUCCCUCUUUGAGAACAAGAAGACGUGAUCCACAGGUUUGUCUGCACUCGAAUUACCAGGAAAGCUGGGAAUUGGAAGCAGUGUUUUAAGGGAAGAAAAUACUGAAUACUACUAAAUUAGGAGUGUGUGCUAUGAAGUCAGCUCACUACUGGGUUUUGGAUAAAUUUAUAAGUAGUUUGAAGAGUUUAUUUUUUAACUGUGUAAAUGUGUAUAUGUGUGUUGAAAUUCCUUAAUAUCCUUGACCUCUCAAUGUGCCUGUUGCUUACUCUCAUUCACUCCUUCCAUGGAGAGCCUGCUGUUUUCCCUCUUACUCAUGUGCCUUUUUGUACCUGUGAAGGUGGUAGUGGUGGACUCCCUAGGGAAUCUGUCCUACAUUCUUUUUGGGGAGCAAUCUCCUGGAAACGCGGCAUUGCUCCCGUCAUGGCUUGUUGUCCUAGAGGGGAUGGUAGCUGUUCCUCUGCCUGAAAUGGGGACUUCUUCCCCUUCUUGGAGGUGUGAAAAAGCUUACAGGACACUCUGGGGCUUCCAGAAUUUUGGACUUGGCUCAGGAAAAGCCCCGAUGAUAUGGAACAGUGAUAUUUGGGCCAUGAGGGCAACAGAGAGGAGAGUCUGAGAUCAGCUCCACCCAGCCUUUCCCUUCUCUGUCCCCAGCAGUGAUUCCCGAGCCUGGCCAGCACUAUCCCCUCAGGGACAAUUUGGAAAUGUGUGGUGGGUGGGUUGGAGGAUGCUCAGAUGUCGCACUUCUGGCAUUUUGCAGGCAGGGACAUGGUGUGGUAGACAUCCUGCGUUGCACAGUGAAGAACUGCCUGGAGCCUACACAUCACCACUGUAAAAUUCCAGAACAUUUUCAUCACCCCAAAAAGAAACCCUGUACUUCUUAACAGUUAAUCCCAUUCCCCACUUACCCAUUCUUUGGUAACUGCUAAUCUACCUUCUGUCUCUGAAUUUGCCUAUAGUGGAAAUUUCAUCGAAAUGGAAUCACAGAGUAUGUGGUCUGUUGUGUCUGGCUCCUUUCACUUAGCUAAUAUUUUCAAGGUUCAUCCAUGUUGUUGCACAUCUCAGUACUUUGUUCCCUUUUAGGGUGGAAUGAUAUUUCAUCGUGUGGAUAUAUAAUUUAUACAAAUACACAAUAUACAAUUUGGUUAUCCAUUCAUAAGUUGAUAGACAUUUGGGGGUAUUUCUGCUUUUUGGCUAUUAGGAAUCAUGCUUCUGUGAACAUGCAUAGUAUAUAAGUUUUUGUGUGGAACUGUUUUCAUUUCUCUUGGGUAUACAACUAGGAGUGGAGUUUCUGGAUCAUAUGGUAACUCUUUGUUUAACUUUUUGAGGAACCGCCAGACUGUUUUCCAAGGUG